AUGUUUUUAUCAUUGUUUUUCAGUUCAAAGUCACAGGAAGAAGCAUUUUUCAACGAAAAAUGUCAAUGGAUAUUUCCAGAACCUGAGAUGGUUCCAGAGUAUACAAAUAUUCAUCGCCAGACUCUAGAUGAUGAAUGGAAAAACAUCAGAAUCAAGCUUAACAUGAGUUACGUUACAGGGGAGCUUCGAGAACAGUACUCCUGCUAUGAUGAAGGACAAAUUAUUGAUUAUUAUGGCCAUGAAAUUAAAUGCGAUAAAAAGUCAACCCUUCCUAAUACUGAUUUAACGAAUUUUACAAAAACUCUUAAUCACUUCAAGGAAUUUCAAGAGAGUUUCCUUAAAGUACUUCCUUCUCCAAACAAAGAUUAUGAUAUGGAACUAAUUAUCAAGAUUGUAAGAUAUCCUCCAAGAUUCGGAUUACCUGUGAAGUCUAGUAGAGAUAAAUAUAAUGAAUAUUUACGAACUACUCAAGCAACACUAAUUAUUGACUACGAUUCAUUACCAACAGAACCUUCGAUUUGGGAUACUGAUUCUUCAUAUUUUGUUGGUGAAAUGAUGCAUGGUUUCUUUAAUACAUUGAAUAUUAUAAGUGGAAGAUAUCAUCCAAAGAAUUCAACUGAAUUAUAUCCGGUCAAUGAAACAUAUUGUUCACUCACAAAGUAUGGAAGACAAUACAAUUUCUUGAUUGGUCCUUAUUCACAUUUAUUUGCACAAAAACAUUAUGGUGUUAAUAUAUUUGAAGGCGACAAUAAAACAUGUCCACCAGGAAUAGAAAUAGAAUAUGACGGCUCUCGCUCGCUAUAUAGUAAUAACUAUGUUAUGGGAAGAUUAUUUUACACAGAUAUAGCCAUUGAAAAUAAUCUCCGUGUAGAUCAUAAUUCGAUGGUGCGAAUUACAGAUGUAACAAUAGCUCUUCUUCAAGAUACAGGAAAUUACAUAUGCAACUGGUCAAUGGCAAGACCGAUAGUUUGGGGAAAUCCAGAAACGCAAAUUGAUGGAAAACCAAUCAAAGACUUUGCACUAGGGCCACCACAAAUUGUCUUUCCAAAACAAUAUUACUAUUAUCCAACAAGAGGAAAUAUGGAAUGGGAUAAAGAAAGUCCAGACUAUGUAGGUUUUGACUUCAAACACGGUGGAUAUACAAUUUGUGAUAAGGCACCAAUAUGCGGAUCAAGCAAAACAGCAUAUUGCAAAGGGAUUGAUUUUUACAACCCAUUAAACAAAUUUUACGUUGGGUUUUAUUCCGACCAUGAUUAUCUUCCAAUCAAAUAUCUAUCGAUGAUGUGCAAAGAUGGAGAAACAAUGAUCCCAGGAGAUUCAGUUUGUCAUCAAUAUAUUUGUAACAAAUACGAUAAUUUCACAUUGAUUACACCAGAUUAUGGCGAUAUCGAUGCAAAUUUCACAAAUAUAACGUGCACAAAAGAGAAUGCAAAUUUGAAUUUUACAAUUAAGCUUCCUGGAUAUUUUGAUCUUUUCAAGAAUAUUACAUGUAUUGAUCCAGAGUUGUUCUGCCGAACAGUUAAAUUGCAAGAAAUGCAUUUCGUUCGUGAUCCUUUCGAUCCAGAUUUGAGUGUCACACAACUUAAUGAUCCUUAUGCAGAAUCACAAUCUGCAAGGCUUACAAGAGUCAUUUCUCAAUAUACAGUUGUCGGAAUUACAGUUAUUGUUGUCAUCGUUAUUAUCGUAUUCAUUGUUAUCUUCAAAUACCGAUCAAGUCACGGGGAUCAAGAAGAAUUUGAUAAUGUCGAAACUGCAGAUCAUGGCAGAAAAUCUAAACAAGAAGAAAUCGAAGAAGACCAAGAUGCGAAUUCAGGCGAUAAUUACUUAUCAGACUAA